AUGAAAAAAAAAUGGACACAGGGUUACGGAGUGUCGACGUAUGCACCGGCGAAAAUAGACUUGGGAGGGUUGUUCCUGGGCGCUAUCAUAGGGAUUGGAUCCAUUCUCAUCAUACCGAAGCUGCUCUACAUCCUUUCCGGCACUUACGGCCAUUACGCGAGAAGCGAGGAGAGCGGUUUCGGGCAAAUCGUGACGAAGAUGGACGACGUCUUGGCCCAUCACGGCAUCGACACAACAUCCUGCAUGCAACGUGCCGUCUGUACCUACUCGCAACAGGCCUCCACGUCGGUGAAAGAGGCCAACAAGCUGAACGACGACGAGAAAGUCUCGUCGUUCGACCGUGUGAUCGACACGAUCACGACGAAUCAGAUCUUCCGCACGGCUAUGGAAGGUACCGCGAUACAGGAGGCGGUGGAAGCCGGCAGAGCCGGUCGAAACUGUUCGCGGGCGUAUCCACAUUGCGGAUUCUCCAUGGAAACUAUGCUGUCCCUCUUAUCGAACGUGAUUACCGCAGUAGCCGCGAUUAAUACAGGCACCUCGACAGCCACCGGGGCUGCGACGUUGUAA